AUGCCUGCUGCGAAGAAAUUAGAAAUGCUAGCCGAUCUGACCGACGCCCUCGAAUCAAGAAACAAGGGAGCUGAAUUUCUUAUGAAUGGUUCUUACGAAGAGGCUCUGGAAUGCCUGGGAAAGUCUUUGGAAACCGAGCCUCAAAAUAUAUUAACGCACAAGUUAAUAGCGGAUGCUUAUGGGCAUACUUGUGCCUCGAAUAACCCUCACGGGAAGGCGAAUAUGUUAAACCUAAAGGGGGAGUUUUAUUGCAAGUUCAAACAGUACCACAAAGCGUUAGACUGUUUGAAUGAGUCAUUUGCCAUGAUUUCUGAGA